AAGCUCGACUCCCGCGCCUUCCUCCUCGAAGGAGCUGUUUCGUUCAAACAGUUGCCGGCGGCGCGUGGGGAAAAUGUCUCCGCGCAGGGAUUCACAAGGCUCCCGCCUGUUUGUGCAACUUCGGGGACAGUCUUUGGCAGUUCUCCUACGGCAACUGCUCGCCAUAGCGCUAAUCCAGGCCGUGAGGGGUGACAAAGCUUUGACUUUAUUAGCAGAUGGUAACUGUGAACUGUUGAAGGCAACAAAGAUAAUGCAUAGUUCAGAAUCAGCUUGUUUCUGCUAUAUUCCAAAUGGAGCAAUACACUUACAAAAUACUUGGUCCACUAUUCAGGUGUCAAUAAACAGCACCGGAAUAUUUAAAGUAGUAUCUAUCCCGGAUGAACAUGAUUGCCAAAAUUCAGAAUAUUUUUUUGAUUUUUUGAAGUGCCUGAUUAACAAUAUUUGGCAGCCUAGUGUGUCUAAUCAAACUAUCAUAACAGUGGACCAGUAUGUUGGCAAAACAUGUUUCAGGAUCCAGCCAACAAAUAAAUUGCUCUACACUGUGAAUGUAGAACAAAACAUGUUGGAUAGCAAACUCGUUCUUUUAUUUGUUGCUGGUGGACUUCUUUUUCAUUUUGCCUAUAACUUGAGUAGAAGUAAUACCUUCUAUUAUUGUGCUGGGAUAGCAUUUGGUAUUCUCACACCUCUAGUCUUCCUCGUUUUGAUGCUUAAAAGGUUUAUUCCCAAGCUAAGUACCUUCUGGAUUUUAAUGAGUGCGUGCUGGUUCUCUUCUCUGUAUAUGUUUUAUGUUUCAAAAGAAAAACUGAAAUGGAUGUGGAACAAUUCGACAUAUUAUAUACUGGGGUACAUUCUCUCAGUUGGAUUAGUCUGUUUUGCUAUUUGCAAGAAGCAUGGACCACUCGGCAGUGAGCAAAGUAUGAACCUCUUGAUGUGGGUGUUGCAGCUGAAAGGCUUGAUCUUAAUUUAUUUUGGCAUUGCAAUCCCACAAGUCGCCUAUGCAGUAAUAACUGCUUUGCUCUGUACAAAAAUCCUGCAUUAUCCUCUUCAAGCACUCUGCUGUGUUGGCAAAAAAGCUUCUCAGUAUUUCCACCCAGAAAAAUUGGAGACCCGUUAUCUGACAGAUGAUGAAUAUCGGGAACAAGGAGAAACAGAGACUGUGAAGGCGCUGGAGCAGCUGCGCAUGUUCUGUAGGAAUCCCACUUUCCCCUCCUGGGUAGCUGUGGUCAGACUGCAGUCCCCACAAAAGUUUGCAAAUUUUGUUCUAGGAUUUCCUCAUGUAUCUGCUGAAGAAACGGCAGCCCAUGAGACACAGUAUGGCAUCGGAGGAGCCCUCCUAGAGGAACAGCUUUUCCACCCAGAGACUGAGGCAGAACCAGAGCCCCAAACUGCUUCCCCUGAGGUAGAGGAGAGUAACACAGAGGAGAGACUGAGGCUGUUACAACCAAAUGUCCUGCACUUCCACAGCAGAGAGUUUCUUUGAACUGCUGCCCAGGCCAGCAGAAAUCAUGUAACAAUAUGCUGCUCUUUAAACUGUAGAGGGCAGUCAAGACUUUUUGAAGGACUUACAGUGACUUCAUUGGCUUCCAGGAAGCAGUUCAGUUUGCAAACCCAUGACUAGGGUUAUGUAAGGAGAGAAUCCAAGAUACCUGAUUUAGCCAACAGCUCUACUUAGAGCAACAAUUUGUUUAAAGAUUGAAGAGGCAGCUUGUGGAGAGAAGGGCCGAGGAAUUCCCUUCAGUUGCUCUGCCAAUUUACAAGGCUCACUUUAUAGCAGUAUCUUUUAUUUGCCUGAUCAUGAGUUUCUGAGUUUGCACAUUAAACCAUGGUGUGCUUAGCUGUCAUUUGCUGAGUUCAUGCAACAAGUUAAGCCAUAAUCUUUGGUUUGCACAAUGGCAUGUGGAACCCAACCCAACCACAUUACUUGGGACAAUCCAGUAUAGAUAACUGGCGUUGGGAGAAUGAGCUGAGAAGUUGAAGCCACUUGUGAUUAACCACUUUAUGCUAAUGAUUUCUCUCCAGUAAGUGGGAUAAGCUGAAGUUAUUUUAUGGAGUCCUUGGUGCUCUCUGAGCUUGGUUGUUUGCUUGCAGACGUUUCAUUACCUGACUAGGUAACUUCAUCAGUGCUAGUAAGUGUGGGGUUUGCUCCAUUUAGCUACAGGAGCUUGCCCUGCCAGUGUUGGUGGGGGUGUGGUUUUCUCCUUGGUAGUUCCUUGAUUAGGGUAUUGUUUUCUACUCAAACAGACUCCCC